CGCGGCGCACAACGCAGCCAACGGAAACGGGAACACGUGAACGUUGCAAGUCGCUCUCCCGCGCGAAGCGCGCCGACCUCUCGCUGAAAACAUCUUCUCAUACAGAGACACACGUCGGAGGCACCCGGUGCGCUUCCUCUCCUUCUGCCGGGACAGCCGAACGCGCGGAAGCCCCAACCAUUACCUCCCAGAGCAAAGCGCACCUAGUGGCGCUCUCCUCCCGCGUCGCCCAGAGGAAGCGGCUCGUCGCCCUCGCGCUCGGCGUCGUCAUGGUGCUCGCCGUCAUCAUCGCCAUCCCGCUGCUGGUCCAGACUUCCACGAGCGCGGCUCAUUACGAAAUGAUGGGCACCUGUCGCAUGAUAUGCGACCCCUACAGCCCCAAGCCGAGCGCCACCGCCAUGGAGGUCAUGCAGGACCUCAGCGCCAUCCCGCCGCCUCCCUUCCUUCAAGGCAGCCGCGGAGAGCCCGGGCGGCCGGGCAAACCGGGACCGCGAGGUCCACCGGGGGAGCCGGGUCCCCCCGGUCCAAAAGGGCCGCCGGGGGACUCGGGGAAGCCCGGCUUCACUGGCCUGACGCCGGGCACUGCCAGGACCGAGACGGGGGACGGGGCUGCGACAGCGGGCGCCACGAAGAUCGCGUUCUACGUGGGUCUCAAGAACCCCCACGAAGGGUACGAAGUUCUCAAAUUUGACGACGUGGUCACGAACCUGGGGAACCAUUACGACGCGUCCACCGGCAAGUUCACCUGUCAGGUGCCUGGGAUCUAUUUCUUCACGUACCAUGUGCUGAUGAGAGGCGGCGACGGGACGAGCAUGUGGGCCGACCUGUGCAAGAACGGACAGGUCCGAGCGAGCGCCAUCGCCCAGGACGCCGACCAGAACUACGACUACGCGAGCAACAGCGUGGUGCUGCACCUGGACUCCGGGGACGAGAUCUACGUGAAGCUGGACGGCGGAAAAGCGCACGGCGGCAACAACAACAAGUACAGCACCUUCUCCGGCUUCAUUCUCUACCCUGACUGAGAGGGAGCGGGAGUGUGUGCGCGAGCGCACGCACGACGGACUCGGCUGAGUGCGAGCUGAGCGCGGGCUGAGCGCGCGGCCACGGGGAAAACCCGUGUAACACGCUCUCCGUCCCUACACGUGUUCUUCCGCGGACAUGAAGGGACGUGGCACGUGACGUUUGUUUUUGUCCACUCAUAACUGGUACCGCUGAGAUGUCAUAGCUUUUUCUAAUUACUAUUCCUUGGCUGUGGCUUUUUCCCCCGGGAUGCCGUGGUGUGUUUAAGAAAAAUGUCUGAGGAGGUGUGUAUAGGAGCAAAAUAUCACGCAAGAUUGAGAGUGAGAAAAGUAAUGUGUUAUAAUCUGUUACAGGAGGUAAAUGUUGCGUGCCCUUGUCACAUCAUGUCUAGUUUCUUAGCUAACAUGUGUUGUUGUCAAGUAUUUCAA